AGUUUUCGCCGUGAAGCGAUAUAGUGCGUUUCGUGAUAUCUCGUUACGUUACAACUUGAAUCACGUGAUUUUAACGUAAUUAAAAACAAAAAUUGUGUAUGUUAAUACAAUGUAUUCCUAACAAUAGAUUCUUUGACGCUCUUUUGAAGAACGAUGAACGUCUUACGUUUUGCCGUCUUUUUAUAUUCAGAAAAGGGGUCAUCCUGUGAUUAAGGUGUUACGUCUUGACUGUGUUAAAGUAUACAAAUGAUACGAAUCGCGCGCGCGCGCGAACAAAGUUCACAAUUUAUUUAAACAAUUUCUUUAACAUUGACGUUACUUUCCAGUCUUGAGUAACCGGUAUGAAGCAUGCAGGCUCCUAUAUCAAGAAGAACGAUAGGAUGCAUUGGAAAAUGUAUUUCUGGUCUGAAACGCGAAGAGUUGGAUCAGAUAACAGAUAAUAUUACGAAAACUCUAACGCAUCCGCGCGGUAGAGAAAUUUUUCGUAGAUAUUUGGAACAACGAAAUCUCAGAGAUAAUCUCGAAUGUUUAGAUUUAUACGAAACAUGUUCAGAAUUUAUCGUGAAAGAACAAAAUACGUUAUCGAAAGAUUUCAACAUAGAAAGUUUAACGAAUGACGUUACGAGAAUGAAAGAACUCCUUGAAGAUUUGGACGGUGUUCCACAGAUAGAUUUGGCUCAUUUGGAACGCUUCAAUGAAGCUUUAAACAGUGACUCCAGAAUAACGAUGCUCGCUGUGUUGGAAGAUACAAGGGAACGUUUAAAAGAUCAUUUAAGGCGUGUACACGGAAGUUUUAAACGAUAUGCCUCGGAACCGUGCCCUAUAACUAAAUAAAAAGUAUUAACAUUUUAAUGUAGGGCUCGAUGGUUUAAUGGAUUUUAAUAUAACGCGUUAUUAUAUCGUACUUGUGUGUUUUCAAAUGAUAUUUUAAGAUUUAUUAUCGUGUGAUUAGACUUAUAAUAAUAGAUUUAUUGUAUAGCACGAGAAGGAAAAAAAAAAAAAAAGAAAAGAAAAAAGAUUUUCUACAAUGAAA